AUGAGUAAAAUAAGAGGUCAAAAUAAAUGUAAAAAUUGUGGGCAUACCCAAUUUGAUACUAGUUAUACUACUGCUGGUGAUAUUUCAUGUAUGAGAUGUGGUACUGUUUUAGAAGAAAAUCCAAUCGUUUCUGAAGUUCAAUUUGGUGAAUCUUCAUCUGGUGCUGCUAUGGUUCAAGGUGCUAUGGUUGGUGCUGAUCAAGCCAGGGCAACUUUUACUGGUGGUAGACAAAAUGCAAUGGAAUCUAGAGAACAAACUUUAUUAAAUGGUAAACGAAAAAUCAAAAGAAUAGCAAAUUCUUUAAAAAUUCCAGAUUAUAUUGCUGAAGCAGCUGGUGAAUGGUUUAGGUUAGCUUUAACUUUAAAUUUUGUACAAGGUAGAAGAUCAAAUAAUGUUUUGGCAACUUGUUUAUACGUUGCUUGUAGAAAAGAAAGAACUCAUCAUAUGUUGAUUGAUUUUUCUUCAAGAUUACAAAUUAGUGUUUAUUCAUUAGGUGCUACUUUUUUAAAAAUGGUUAAAGCUUUACAUAUUACAUCAUUGCCAUUAGCUGAUCCAUCAUUAUUUAUACAACAUUUUGUAGAAAAAUUAGAUUUUAAAGAUAAAACAACUAAAGUUGCAAAGGAUGCAGUUAAAUUAGCUGCCAGAAUGUCAUCAGAUUGGAUUCAUGAAGGUAGAAGACCUGCUGGGAUUGCUGGUGCUUGUGUUUUAUUGGCUGCUAGAAUGAAUAAUUUUAGAAGAUCUCAUGCUGAAAUAGUUGCUGUUUCUCAUGUUGGUGAAGAAACUUUACAAAGAAGAUUAAAUGAAUUCAAAAAUACAAGAGCGGGUAAGUUAUCAAUUAAACUGUUUAGAGAAACUGAAGAUAUUAAAAGUUCAAAUCCUCCAAGUUUUGAAAAAAAUCGUAAAUUAGAAGUAAAAAUUGCAAAUGAUUUACGAAGAAAAACUGAUGAAAUUAAUGAUAUUUCUAAAUUAACAGAUGAACAACAGAAAGAAUUCUUGGCUAGUUUACCUAAAGAAGAAGCUCAAAAACAAUUAUUAAUAAAUACGAUUCUUACAGAUAUGUCAAUUACAAAAGAAACAUUAAAUGAACAAAUGAAAAGAAUUAUAAAUAUGAAAAAUACAAAGUUAAAAGAUUCAAUGUAUCUAACUCCUCAUGAGUUAAAUAAUGGUGGUUCAACUCCAGAUUUCACUAAUGAUGAUGAGAAGGGAAAAGAAGAAUAUGAUAGAAUUUGGAAUAUGAAUUGGCCAAAAAAUUUAGUUGAAAAUUUACCUAAAACUGAAGAUAUUUUAAAAUCAGUUAGAGAUGAUAUCGAAUUAAAUUCUGAUGAUGAUGAUGAAAUUGUAUUAGAAAGUAAAUUAACAGAAACUGAAAUUGAAAUAAAAGAAAGAAUUUGGACUGGGCUAAAUCAUGAUUAUAUGAUUGAACAAGAAAAGAAAAGAUUAAAAGAAGAAGCUGAUUUAAUUACUGGUAAUACUCAAGGUGCAACAACAACAAAAAGAAGAAAAAAAUCACCAACUAAUUCUAAUUUACCACCUGAAAUUCAAAAAGAGUUGGGUGAUAUGGUAUUAGAUGAAGAUGGUGCUCCAACUUCAGCAGCUGAUAGUGUUAAAAGAUAUCUAUCAUCUACAUCAGUUUCAAAAAAAUUAAAUUAUGAAUCAUUAAGUGGUUUAUUUCAAAAUGACAAUAUGGGAGGUUUUUAA